GGAAGAGAGAAGAGUGUCCAUAUCACACAUAAAAAUCAUUCGCUAACCAAACCACAAAAUCUAACUUCUUCCGUCCACACACACACACAACACAACACAACACACACACACAAAAGAGAGAAAAAAAAAGAAAAAGAAAAUUAAAAGCAUGGAAUUAGUUGAAGAGACCAUUCCAAAAGAAGGGAAAAAGAUGGGAGAUAGAAUGGUAGUGGACAAAGCUUAUCUCUACAAAGAAGACAAACCACUCACCGUCUGCAAGACCUCUCUCUUCUACACCGGAGAUGGUUUCGCCGCCUAUGACUGCAACGGCGAUAUCAUCUUCAGGGUUGAUUCCUACGGUCCUGACACUAGAGAUAACGAUGAGAUUGUCCUCAUGGACGCUACUGGAAAGUGUCUCCUCACCGUUAAACGAAAGAGACCAACUCUGCACCAGAGGUGGGAAGGUUUCCUCGGGGAGAGAUCGGAGGGUCAGAAACCGAUCUUCAGCGUCCGUAGAUCGUCGAUAAUCGGACGGUGUACGAUGGAAGUAGAUGUUUUCGACGGAAGCGGAGAAGAGUACAUUAUCGAUGGAGACUUCUCGCAACGAAGCUGCCUCAUAUACGACACGGAGAAACGUACUGUGGCUGAGAUCAAACGCAAAGUAGACGCGUCAACGAACGUGAUGCUCGGUAGAGAUGUCUUCACUCUAGAGAUCAAACCUGGUUUCGAUGGCGCUUUCGCUAUGGGUUUGGUCGUCGUGCUUGACCAAAUCAAUGGUGAUGAUCCUGUUGAGAUUGGUGACGAACAGGUUCACCCUUUUGUCGAAGAUUAGUGUAUGUCUCUCUCAACCGGUCUUCACACGUUAAUAUAUCGAAUCUAAUCUUUAGCUUAUUUCAACCUUUGGAUUUGAACCAUAUAUGAGAUGAUUAUGGAGAUCUCUUUGUAUCAAUUCUGUGUUAAAUCAUUAAAGUUGCUACGUUACAUAAUAUAUAUAUAGUACGUCUCUGUCCCGGGAAA